ACGCGUACGUCAGUCGUGCCGAUUGUUCCAGUAAAACAGCAGCGGCGAGGACGCGGAUUCCGGUGGGGCUGUGCUGCGAGAUGCCGGGCCAGGGCCAGAGCCUGAGCCUGACUCCGCACGUCUACUGGGCGCAGAGGCAUGGCGAGCUGUUCCUCAGGGUGGACCUAAGUGAUGUGCAGAAACUUGACAUCAAGAUAAUUGAAAAUUCUCUUUUCUUCAGAGCACAUGGCCAUGGGGCAAAAGGAGACAAUGCCUAUGAAUUCUGCUUGGCAUUCCUAGAAGCUGUGAGUUCUGAGCCGCUGUUCAAAACCACAGAAAGACAAGUAAAUAUAACAGUGAAGAAAAUGAAGAGCAAAUGGUGGGACAGACUGACUAAACAAGAAAAGAGACCAAUAUUCUUGGCUCCUGACUUUGACCGCUGGCUGGAUGAAUCUGAUGCUGAAAUGGAACUUAAAGCAAAGGAGGAAGCAGAAGAGAUUAAUAGAAUGAGUGUGGAGUCAAGGGUUCGGAAGAAUUCCUAUGUCACUUUGAGGACUGGUUACCUCUUUACGUAUAACCUGGUGCAGUUUCUGGGCUUCUCUUGGAUUUUUAUCAUUAUGACAGUGAGACUGUUUGUCUAUGGCCAAGAUUCUUUAUUUGAUACAUUCCAUGCAGUAGGUGACAUGAUGAACAUUUAUCAGAUACUUGCAAUACUGGAGGUUAUACACCCGCUAUUGGGAUUAGUGAGAACAGCAUUGGUACCUGCAAUAAUCCAGGUAAUUGGAAGGAUCAUGAUUCUGUUUGUGGUAAUAGGAAAUCAGGCGGAAAUGCAGAAUAAAGCAGCAGUUUUUGCCGUCUUUUACCUCUGGAGCAUCAUUGAAAUGUUCCGGUAUCCCUACUACAUGCUAUCAUGUAUAGGAACAGAAUGGAAAAUCCUGACCUGGAUCCGAUACAGCAUCUGGAUCCCUCUUUAUCCACUGGGAGUAACUUCAGAAGCAAUUUGUGUGGUUCAAUCUAUUCCAUACUUUGAGGAAACUGGAAGAUUUACUGUCCAGCUGCCCAACCCACUCAACAUCUCAUUCAGUUUUUCAUAUUUUCUACGAGGUUACCUUAUUAUGAUGUUCUUGGGUUUGUUUGUUAAUUGCCGGCACCUGUACAAACAACGUUACAACCGUCUCCGACCAAAGAAGUACAAGAUGUAUUAGAAGGCAUGUCUCGAAGAAACACUUCAAUCAAUUCAGUGUACCUUGCCUUUCUAAUAAAAAUAUCAUUUUGUAGAAAAAUGAAGAAAGUCACAGUAACCAUUUUCUCUUUGGCUGCCACCCUCGGGUGCAGGCACUCACCUCAUUGUUGUCUUGCUGCCAAUGUGACCAAACUCACUCCAGCUUUAUUAUUUUCCUUGUAUACAUGUUUGAAGAAAUCCAUAUCUUGUGUGAGGAAAAUUGAUUUGUGACUAUCAUUUUACACUUAGAAAAAACUGCAAUUUUUCAAUUUGCUUUUGUAUUUUACUUAGUUAACUGGCUGAUAGACUUAAAUGAAGGUGUGAAUACUGGUAUCCCAAUAAUUAGGUGGGAAUUAUUAGAUAAAUUAAUCUUCACUCUUUCUGGAAUAAUUAAUUUUGACUAUGUGGUUUUAAUCUUCAUUAUAUCGUUCAAACAAGAAAUCCAUUGCAGGUUGUACACUGAGAUGAGUAACGGUACAAAAUUAUGCUACUGCUAUGCUACCUGACACUUGUGCUUUAGAAUAUUUCUCAAAGUUCAAAGUAAAUUUUAUUAUCAAAGUA